AUGCCUGAAAAAAUUUUGGGAUCCACAAAUAAAGACAUGAUCUCAGGACCCACAAAUUCAAAAAUUCAAACGGAAAUAAAAGAGAAACCGUCUGAAAAAGGUAUUGGUAAGGAAAUUCCUGAAAAUGCCAAAAAAGUUCCUUUUGACACUAAAAAGGAAUCAAAUCAUCUACCGAAGGGACCCACGACUGCAGCAAAUGAAAAGAAGAUCGAUUCAAAACAAAAGACGAAUCCAAAUAAAAAAAUUUUGACUCCAGAUGUAUCGACAAAGGAUUUAUUGGAAUAUGGAGAAACAAGCACUCCUGAGGACAAGAUCGACCCUGUUGUAGGUCAUAAAAAAGAAGUUAAAAAUAAUAAAAAAAAGAAAACUAAUAACAUAGAUCCGAAAAGUAAACACGAAGUAAAAAGUUCACAAAUUGCCGACAAAAAACCUAUAGACAAAAUAGGUAUGCCUGAAAAAAUUUUGGGAAUCACAAAUAAAGACAAGAGCUCAGGACCCACAAAUCCAAAAAUUCAAACGGAAAUAAAAGAGAAACCGUCUAAAAAAGAUAUUGGAAAGGAAAUUCCUGAAAAUGCCAAAAUAGUUCCUUUCGACAAUAAAAAGGAAUCAAACAAACUUCCGAAGGGACCAACAAUUACAGAAAAUGAGAAAAAGAUUGAUUCAAAACAAAAGACGAAGCCAAAUAAAAAAUUGUUGACUCCUGAUGUAUCAACAGAGGAUAUAUUGGAAUAUGGAGAAACAAGCACUCCUGGUGACUCGAUCGACCCUGUUUUAGGUCAUAAAAAAGAAGUUAAUAAUAAUAACAAAAAGAAAACUAAUAACAUAGAUUCGAAAAGUAAACAUGUAGUAAAAAGUUCACAAAUUGCCGACAAAAAACCUAUAGACAAAAUAGGUAUGCCUGAAAAAAUUUUGGGAUCCACAAAUAAAGACAAGAGCUCCGGACCCACACAUCCAAAAAUUCAAACGGAAAUAAAAGAGAAACCGUCUAAAAAAGAUACUGGUAAGGAAAUUACAGAAAAUGCCAAAAAAGUUCCUUUCGACAAUANCAUAACGUAA